GUAACCAUGGCGAACGGCACUAUCGACGCCUCCAAGCUGACCACGACGCUGACUACGACGCCGAAGACGAUUCCGGCACUGGACAAGCUGAGCUUCGGCAAGAACUUCACAGACCACAUGCUGCUGAUCCGCUACAACGAGGAGACUGGCUGGCAGGCACCUGAGAUCAAGCCGUACGGCCCCCUGGAGAUUGACCCGGCGGCCUUUGUGCUCAACUACUCGGUUGAGGCCUUUGAGGGCAUGAAGGCCUUUCGGUCCGCCGACGGUACAAUCAAUCUGUUCCGGCCCGAGAAGAACAUGCAGCGGCUCUCGACGUCGUCACAGCGCAUCAUGCUGCCCGAGUUCGACCACGAGCAGCUCCUGCAGUGCAUCAAGGAGCUGGUCAAGGUCGAUGAGCGCUUUGUGCCCAACGAGUACGGGUACUCGCUGUACAUCCGCCCAAACUUUAUCGGUACUGAGCCGAACCUCAAUCUGCAGUACUCGCGCGAAGCCCUGCUGUACGUAUACCUGUCACCUGUUGGUCCAUAUUUCCCGCGCACCGUGCGCCUGCUGGCCAACAGCAAGGAGGCACGUGCGUGGCCUGGUGGUGUCGGCAACUACAAGCUGGGUGGCAAUUAUGCGCCUGCCAUGCGCCCUGCAAUGGAGGCAGUGAAGGAGGGCUUCGACCAGAUUCUGUGGCUGCUCGGUGACGACCUCUAUAUUACAGAGGUGGGAACUAUGAACUUUUUUAUCUUCUGGGACAAUGAGGACGGCGACCGCGAGCUGGUGACAGCGCCUCUGGACGGAGUCAUCUUGCCUGGUGUUACCCGCGACUCGCUGCUGGAGCUGGCACGCAAAUGGGGGGAAUUCAAGGUCAGCGAGCGCCGCGUGACCAUGCCUGAGAUGAUCAAGGCGCUGGAGGAGGGACGCCUUGUGGAAGCCUUUGGCGCCGGCACUGCAUGUGUCGUGUGCAGCAUCGAGGACGUCUCGUAUGAGGGCAAGGUCUACAAGAUUCCCGUUGACCCGAACAACCCUAAGGCAGUGUUUGGCCCCCUAGCAAAGCGUCUGCAUGCCGAGCUCCUGGAUAUCCAGUAUGGAAGAGUUGCGUCGCCGUGGCUGGUACCUGUUUAAGCCAAUGCGAAUAUAUUCCACACAUACACCAGCAACACAAAUGAAUCAUAAAGCUAUACCAGAAUUACUCUGCUCGCGAUGCGAGCUCGGCUGCUAGCCAGCAUGGGUUGACACGUCGAUAAGAGUAUCACGGCGAACCGGCCAUUUGAACGUGUCGGAUGGCUGUUGGUGCAAUGGCGAUCAUGGACAUCUCCCACCUUGGUGGCCUGCUCAGCGCAGGCGCUUCAGUGCUGGUUCGUUGCUGCUAGUAGCAGAAUCGCCUGCUGCUGCACGCCUCUUGCGCGGCCUCUUUGUAGCCGGAGUGGUGCCGGAAGCAUCGGCAGCAAUGGCUGUAGAACGACAGAGCUGUUCAGGAAUACUGCCUGAAUCACAGAGUGACUGGAAAAUGAG